AUGCACGAUGAUGAAUUUAUUGAAUUAGUUCUUAAAGAAGUACAAGAUGCUUGUAGAAAAGGUGGAAUUGAAAGAUUUGAAACUCCACAACAUAUUAAAACUAUCACAAAAUUAUGGACAUCUGAAACUGGUCUUGUUACAGAUGCAUUCAAAUUAAAACGAAAAGCCAUUGAACAAAAAUAUAAAGAUGAUAUCGACGAUCUUUAUGAAGAUUGCAAACCAAAACAAACUUCUGAAAAAAAGAAAAAAUCGAAACCAAAUACAAAUGAUGAAAAAACAUCUACCAAAAACGAAAGAAUUUCAAAUGAAAAUUGA